GUCUUUAACAGCUUUCCGCCGGACUACAACCGCUCGGUGCUUUGGUUCCGAUGGCUGGCGCACGACGCCUUCACCAAGUACGGCUCGAUUGUGCCGCCCAAAGCAACUUCUGACAAGAUCAAGACCUUCACCAUGCACUCUCCUCGGGUGACCAUGCUUGACGCUGCAGUUCACCAAGGCCGAACGCCUCAGGAGAUCGGGCUCCAAGCCAACUGGAAGGAUCCAGGUCCUAUGGUCCUCAAGUAUACCCGCAAUCGCUCCACGAUACCUGCGGUGAUGAUGCAGCAGCUCGUUGCGGACUUGAAGGACGCGUUCGCGCCCAAGUGUGUCUCCAAGGACGACCUUGUGGAUGAAGGAGACGACGAUCUUCUGCCCAUCGCAGAGUUCUUUCUUAAAAUACCUGACGGCUCGGCGUCUAGCUACGAGUACAAGUACCACUGCUCGUCCAAGACAGACUAUCAGAUCGUGGCGUGCGGUAGGCUGUCUGCCGAUGAGUGUGUGCAUGUAGGACACUUGCUCCCGGAUCCGGGCCUACUUUGCAAGCAUUGUGCUAAGGCUAGGGCGCUCUGCCUCAUUGUGCUUUGUAGCCUGCUCGGCACUUUGGAGAUGGUGGAUAAGACCUCCUACACAGGCGUGGUGCCUGAUCUGGCGGUUCGUCAAAUUUUUGGCAGGCAAAAGCUCCCUGAGAACCUGUGCUUGCUCAUGGCUGACUCCUCCCUGCUCUCGAUCGAGAGGAUCGCGAUGUUGGGGGACACCAUCUCCCAGGCCAAGACUACGCUCAAGGCCAUCGUCAACGAUGAUGCAAAAUUUGGAGCGGACAACGCCGCUCGCGAGUUGUCCCUCACCUUGUUGGCGGCAGUCUGGAAAGCAUCGGCAGCCCUUCAGGACCAUACGGCGAAGACCACGCCCACGCCGAGUUCCGGGAGACGUUCGUCUCUGCGCACCACCUAUAUGCGGGAGCCUCAUCGCAAGUUUGUGGAGCAGAUCUACCGCGACUACAUGGUGCACGGCUCCGUCAGCUACUACGAGGUGGCCGAGAUGCGCACACGCAGCGAUCGACUGGUCCAGACCACGGGCUUCAGCAAGACCUCCGAGGAUCUGCUCAAGGUGGUCCAGCACGACAACUAG